CUGCGCCUGGUUGGAAUGCAGUUGAACGGAACGGCCGGUACCGUCACCAUGGCCGCCGCCUCGGAGCCGCCCGAGCCGCCACCGCGCAAUCCCGACAAAAUCAACGCGUCCCUCAAGCAGCUGGCCGAAUCGAAAACUCGCUCGCUAGACACCACGGACAAGCAGGCGGUCACGGGCUCGGGUAGCAACGGUGGUCGCCCCUUCCGGCCCAUUUUAUCGCUCGACAACAAUGCCAAACCGACGUCCAAACCGUUCGAUGCGCCCGAGCGUGGUACGCCAACGUCGGCACCGGCCGUAUCCUUCGGCGGGGCUUCCGGGUCAGAGCAGGCCGGAGCCUCCUCCGAGCCGGGGGCAAGCGGUAGCGGCACCAGCAACGUCACCGUCGGUGGACAACGACCAUCGAACCCGCAGCAGUCCUGCUCGUCGUCCUCUUCCGGUGAGGCGAUGGCGACGGUGACGGCGGCCAACGGGACGGUGGCCGAGGGUGUUGCUCCGAACACCUCACCCUCGGGCAGUGGUAGCUCGCAGGUGAACUCCGGCUCGGACAAAGCGUUCGCCCUGGUGCAGCAGCACAAGCACAAGGACACCAGUCCAGCCGGAGCGGCCGGAGAUGGCGAUAAUCUCUUCAAGAACGGCGUCAGCGAUUUGGAAUCUCCACAAACGACCAAGAUACGACUCGAAAACGAACGGUUGUCGGCCGAGAUUACGCGGUUGAAAAAGUUGCUCGAAUGCUCACCGGACGGGGCCGGGGCGGUCGGUGGCAUCGAUCUGCUCUCCGAUAGCAACAGCUUCGAUGCGCACUCGACGGACGACAGCGGCAGCCGGAUGGAGAAGCUGGAGAACGAGCUGCGAAUAUCGAAGGAGCUGAUUCAAAGUUUAAAGCUCGAGCGCAAGAAGCUCCGUGCGGACAAGAACGAUCUUCUGUCGCAGGUGAAGCAACUCUGCUCGUCCCUGCAAGACAAGGAGCAAGAGCUGCGCAACUUCAUACGCACCUACGAGCAGCGGAUACGCGAGUCCGAGUCCAACUCCGCCAAACAGAACACGGACCGGGAGCGGGAAAGAUGGUCUCUGCUGAAGCACGCCCGCGACGAGGCCGAACGAUCGAUUGCGUUGGCGGCUCAGCUGAACGCGCGCGAUCUGCAGCUCCAGCAGACGCAGGAGCAGCUCCAAGAAGCCCGCCGACAGCUGUCCGGUUGCAUCGGCUCGGACCAGGAGAGUCUGGUAUCGGCCGCCCCGCUGACGCCCCCGUCCGGGCUGAUGGCGCACAAUGCGGCGACGGCGAUGUCGGGCGCCGGGUACAGCAACAUCAGCGGGACACCCGGAGACCGCGGUUCGUGCAGUGCCGAUUCGGGAGUGAGAGACUUUGUUGCAGGCAGCAGCGACCGGGAGAGCGCCGCGGGGGAUUUGAACCUCAGCGAUGGGCCGUGCGAGAACGGACCCUGCAUACAGGUGGACUCGGACAGUGUGUCGCUGGUUUCCAGCCACCACAAUGUGUAUCAGUAUGGAACACCAAAAGAAAGGAGUCCGACUCUGUCUCCACUGAAUGCCGGCGCUUACUCCCGAGCCGUGGACAGUGCAGCACUCUCGAGUUCUUACAGGUCCGUUGAGCAGCUCGGAUCGCCGGUGGACAACGAAAAUCAAACCUUCGCCCGAAGACUUCAGCAGCAACAAUCGACGGGCGGAGCGUCGUCAUCUGGAUCCACUAAGACGCAAAGCUCCGGCCUGACGGGUCGGACCGGCCGGGGCGGCACCUGGGGCAGCAUAUCGCGCGUCUUUGCCCGCAGCCGCAACCGCAACAAGAACGCCCCGAUCGACACCGAGGCGUCCGACUUCCAGUGGAGUCCGCUGACGGAGGAAGGGUACGCGGAAAAGCUGCGGCUACUCCGGGAAGCUUCCUCGAUGCCGAUGGAGCGCUGGCGUGCCUCGCAGGUGCUCGCCUGGCUGGAGGUGGCGCUCGGUAUGCCACAGUACAGUGGGCGCUGUGCCGAGAACGUCAAGAGUGGAAAGGUGCUGCUGGAGCUGAGCGAUGCGGAAUUGGAGACGGGACUCGGGACGACGCACCCAAUGCACCGGAAGAAGCUACGGCUGGCCAUCGAGGAGCAGCGUCGACCGGAGCUGGUGCGCUAUCCGACCAUUGGCCAGCUGGGACACACAUGGGUCGCUUCGGAGUGGCUUCCAGACAUUGGACUGCCCCAGUACUCGGAGUCGUUCAUGCACUCGCUCGUGGACGCCCGAAUGCUGGAUACGCUUUCCAAAAAGGAACUGGAGAAGUACCUUGGUGUGACCAGGAAAUUUCACCAGGCGAGCAUAGUUCACGGUAUCCAUGUGCUCCGCAUCAUGAAGUACGACCGCCAGGCGAUUGCGAUGCGCCGUCUGCAAUCGGAGAAUGUCGACACCGAUCCAAUCGUGUGGACUAAUCAGCGCUUCAUCCGUUGGGCUCGGUCAAUCGAUUUGGGCGAGUAUGCGGAUAAUUUGAAGGAUAGUGGCGUCCACGGUGGACUGGUCGUGCUGGAACCGUCCUUCUCCGGAGACACGAUGGCAACAGCGCUCGGCAUUCCGCCAUCGAAGAACAUCAUCCGGCGCCACUUGGCGACCGAGUUCGAGGCACUCAUCCUACCGGCAAGAACAACCAUGGGCCAAGGUAUACGGACCGGCGGGGGCACGGUAAUUCCCAUCGCGAGCGGAAUCGGCAUGAUGUCCGCGCAGGCCAACGAUCGGCGGAACACGGGCAGUUUGCGCUUUGCCGCCUGGAAAGGAUCGCAGGGCUCCCUUACCAAGGCGUUCCGGAUGAGCUCCGGCUACAAACCGCGCGGUAGCGGCAGCAACGGAGGCGGAAGCGGUGCCGGAUCGGACAAGAACAGCGUCUACAGUUCGACCUCCCCGACGCCGUCGUUCAGCAGCAGCGAAGGUGGCAUCUACGCGACGGUCGGCUCACUCCAGAGCCAUCCAGCCUUCUUCCACCAUCUGCCACCGCCGACGUCGGCUCCACCACCCGUCCCCAUGGUGCCGUUGGGCAGUGGGAUGGGCAUGCGAAAGCUCGAUCCACAGCCGGGACCAUCGGAACGGCCACAUACGGCAAGCAACCGGGUCAGUGCGCCCCCGAUGGACACCGGUGGUCACUCCACCCUGCCGAAGUACGCUCAGCAUCGGCGGGUGAAAAGUAUCAGCGACAUCGAGAUUCCUUCCGUCGGACCGGUUGGAUAG